UUAUUCAUGUUGUUAGGCGAGUGUCGAGCGGCAGUUCGUCCUAAGUUACACCGAAACUUCCAUAAUAAUGUGGCGGUCAAGAUGAGUCGACAGCAGGACGAGCAGGGCGUUGUGUUAACCGCUUACACCAGCAACAGCGAAGUGUUACCAGCUGUCAGCUCUAAAGAGCAAACGGAGUUUCUAGGACUAAGAUGGAGCGCAGGUGUCUUCCUCGUUCAGCAGCUGCGAGCAGAAGUCCCUCGUGGAUUCUGUCGUCCGGAGCACAGCGGCUCAUACUGUUUGAGGACAAGCCGCAAAACCGGCCUGUACAAUGUCCAGCGGUACAAAGCGGCCGGUGCGGCCGGUGCGGCUCUGGGCUCGAGCUCAGGUAAGGCACCGUAUCAGCGCUGCAGCUCGCAGGACUCUCUGGACGAGCAGGUCAUGGCGGACUACUUCAAAGAGGUAGAGCUCAUCCAGCGCAGCAGAGACGCAGAGACUCAAGAGGACGUGCAGCUGAAGGUGGCUGAUGAGGGUGAGCAGGAGGAGGCGUGGCUGAUGGAGGCGGGGCUUGCGACGCUGUUCAACGAAUCCGCUUCAGACGGCGAGGACAGCAUCGUUCUGCUGUCGACUCUGACCCGAACGCAAGCGGCCGCCGUGGAGAGACGCGUGGAGACGCUCAAACAGACGCUACGCAAACGCAACAAACCGUACAGCGUACCGGAUGUUCGAGAGAUCUUUAAACCAUCACCUGCCUCACAAAGUAAAGAUGAGGCUGAAUCCACAGAAAGAUGUGGGGGCAAUAAAAAGGAAGUGGAAGGACUGGGUAAUGGGGUGGGGCCUGACGCUCCAGGGGGUGGAGCCGAUGCCGAGACGGACAUUAACCUGGAGGUGUCAUUCUCUGAACAAGCCCUUAUCUACAAAGAAGGGUUGAAGGUUACCCAGCCCCAGAAUGAAGCUGACGACAGGUUACCCGAUUUUAAAGUGUCUCAGGAUAAGACCGGACAGACAAAAGUAGGCGAUCUCUCCACCGAGGACAUGAAAAAGGUUCGCAGGCUUGUUCUUAUUGAGAUGAGCGCUCUGUUCGACACAUGUGGCAUCGAGGUGAAGGCUCAUAAAGCUCUCAAGGUCAAAGUGAGAGAGUCGGGUUUGUUUGGUGUUUCUCUUUCUACGCUGCUGGAACAAGACCAGCGGAGGAUGCCGGGAACCAAAGUGCCUCUUAUCCUGCAGCAUUUGAUCUCUCAUAUAGAGGAGCAGGGUUUAGACACAGAGGGUGUGCUGCGGAUACCUGGAGCCGCUACUAGAGUCAAGGCAGUCUGUCAAGAACUGGAACACAAGUUUUAUGAAGGCAUGUUCCCAUGGGAGAGUCUCAAACAGCAUGAUGCGGCCAGUCUCCUGAAGCUGUUUAUCAGGGAGCUGCCAUAUCCUCUGCUGACCGUCGAGUACUUCAACGCCUUUAUCUCCGUGCUGAAGCUGCCCACUAAGAAACAGCAGCUGCAGGCUCUCAAUCUCCUGGUGCUCCUGCUGCCAGAACCCAACAGAGACACUCUCAAGGCUCUGAUGGAGUUCUUCCAAAGAGUGAUCGACCAUAAGGACAGCAAUAAGAUGACACUGAACAACGUUGCAGUGGUGAUGGCGCCCAACAUCUUCAUGUGUAAGGGCUUCCGCAGUAAGAUCAGUGAACAGCAGGAGUUCGCUAUGGCCGCUGGCACCGCCAACAUCGUCCGGCUGCUCAUCCGCUACCAGAACCUCCUCUGGACGAUUCCCAAGUUCAUCCUGAAUCAAGUGCGCAAACAAAACAUGGAGAACCAGCGGAAGAUGCACAGAGACAAAGCGGUUAAAAAACUACUGAAGAAGAUGGCGUACGACCGCGAGAGAGCCUCUAACAAACAGGAGAGCAACUCUGAGCCUGACGGAGGCUUCAUUAGGGUUCAGGCUCCUCAGUUCUCUAUGGUGUCCAUGGCCAUACAGCUGACGGAGGAUUUAAAGGCCUCAGAUGUUCUGAUGCGUUUCCUCAGUCAAGAGAGGUCUGUGUCUGUGAAAAGAGAAGAUCUGUGUCUCUAUGAGAUGGGAGGAAACAUCAAGGAGAGAUGUCUGGAUGAAGAGACGUACAUCAAAGCUCUCCUGGAGCUCAACCCCAGUGCAGAGUGGGUCAUUAAAUCCAUCCAGCACUGACCGAGCCGCCCACAACAAGACAUGCCAAUCAACCCAUCACGCCUCGCGCCUUACAGUCCACCACAGACAGACGGUUAAAGGGAAAGCAGCGGGAUUCAGAGCCUAACAUGAGCGUUCGGAAUAUAUUUCACCUCCUCUGGCGUGCAUUCAGCCCCGUCCUCUGGCACUGCUCAAACCAAACAAACCACACACCUCAAACACUAUAACUUACACAAAUAUGGUUUUCAGGAGAUGCUUGGGUAGCAGAUGUACAAACAUCAUUUGUAGCAGAAGCCAAAAAAGCUUAUAGUCUCCGUGGUGAUUUAGUCUGGUUUGGCACUUUGGCACAUUUUAAUCGCUUGUGACGCAUAGGUUGCUUGAUGGUGCAAAAAUCAGAGACUAAUUUACCAGGUUUUCUCAAACAUCUCAGAAAAUCUCCAGGUCAUAUUUCAUCCUAGAAGAAAAGAAAAUGAAGCCAGUUUUUAAGACUUUUGCAUUGUAACAUUUUCAUCAUAAUUAAAAACAUUCCCACUCUGAAUUCUUAUUUCUGUGACACCCAAAAGAUUUUUCUUUUGGGUCAUUUUGCAAUUCUUAUUCUGAUUACAUUUUCACUACUGUUGGUGUAAAAUACUUUACGAUUUCAAUAAUGCAUUAUGUCUUCAUCAUUGCAGUAAGCAGUCUUUUGUAUUAAGGAAACGAGGACCUGGAAAUAUGCUUGAUUAUCAUGAAAAUGUUACAAUGCAAAUAAUGAUCAGUCAGUUUAAAAAAAAAAAAAUCUUUUAUGUCUGUAAUUUAUUUUUUUUUAAAACAAACUAUUUGCUUGUUAAUUAACUGGUUAAUUUUUCUUUUGUGGUAAAAAAUGACCCAGUUCUUUACAGGUUUUGUGAGAUGCACCCAGCCACAAAUCUCUUUCAUAUUUAAAUUACAUACAUUGCGUGAAAAUAUUGUCUCAGACAAGUGAAGUACUGAGGUACACCUACAUUUCAUACGUUUCUUCCUUAAACAUUUGAUUACAUGCGAGUGAUCUUUUAGUAUUGUAGCGUUCUCUGCUUUAAAUCAGUCACGUGACUCCAGUCUUACAUUAGCUCUCACUGCCAAUAAACGUCUGCGCUCUAUUACGUUCAGUCGCUCCCAGGGAUCUUGGAUGUACUUUUUUUUCAUGUUGGAGAAUAUAAUGUAAGUCAGAUGAUAUUAUAUAUCUGUAAAGGAUUCAUGACUGAAAACAACUGGAAUCAAAUUUCCCAGCUAAACACAGACCUCAUAAAGUACUUCAAUGGAGGGAAACUCUUGGCACUUAAACUGUCUUUGUUUGUUGUUAUUUACAGUGAUUGCAGAUGUCAUUUCAAUGAGUAGUUUUGAGCUGUGAUUUUUAUUUUUAUUACUGCUACGUCUGUUGCUGAUGUCAUGCUUUUAUUGUGCUGGAAACUGUGAAUAUGGCCUAAAAUGACUGUUGCUUUAUGUUUUAAUGCUUCGAAAAUAACCACUAAAAUGUUUUUGUAAAUAAAUGCGUAAUUCCUCA